UGUAUUUUUACACUAUAACAGAUUAUCUAGAGCUGUACUUUAUAUAAACUCUGAUAAUAACAUAUAAUCUACUAGACACAGUUGUUGGCACGAUAGGAGCGGGUUCAGUCCCUGUUUACACGUGUGACUCUUGUGUGCACGGCUGGAGAUGGCGGCUGGCGGAGUUUAGAAGGAGAGAAAGGAUGGGGGCAAGUGCAGGAGGAGGGGUGUGACUUGCUGUGCUCCGGUGCCAGGCUGGGCUGCCUAGGGAGGCCGAGGAGGGCGAUGCUGGCGCUGCUGCUGCCCCAGCUCCCCGAUGACAUCCUGCUGCUGCUGUUCUCGUACGCGGACGCCCAGGCCCUGGGCAGGCUGUCGCAGGUCUGCAGGAGGUUCCAGCGCCUCAUCGGCAGAGACACUCUGUGGAGGAGCAUCGCCAAACUCUCCCUCAACACCGGCCUCACCCGCCUCGGCAGAGACGCGUUUCCCCAAAUAGCUCUGAAAGAGCGUGUGAAAGUCUCUCAGAACUGGAAGCAUGGGAGGUGUCGCCAAGAGGUUACUCUAAGAUGGAAGUGCAAUUUGUUACCUUGGUUACAACUGGACAAACAGUGGCUCUACCUCUCCCAAGCAUCUGAUAUCCGAGCCUAUCCAUUAAGUCGGAAUGGUGUUGGUCUGCACCGGCACCCUAUCACUGUGUACACUGGUCAUCAGGAUGAUGUCUGCCGGUUUGUCGUCAAUGAAUCACGAGUCGUCAGUGGCGGAGGGGAUGGGAAGAUCAUUGUCUAUGACACUUGCAACUCAUUUUGUGUGGAGUACUCAGCACACAAUCAAGAGGUCAACUGCAUCGACAGCCGAGGACAUGUCAUCGUUAGUGGCUCAAGAGACAAGACAGCCCGGAUUUGGUCGCUGUGUUCGAAUCGUCUGAGAGAAUGCUUGCACACAAUAAGGACAGAAGAUCGCGUUUGGUCAAUCGCCAUUAACCCUACACUGAGUUCUGUCAUGACCGGGACUGCUUGCUGUAGCCAUGCCUCACCAUUACGGAUUUGGGACCUUCAAAGUGGGCAGCUGGAGACCAGCCUGGGGUCGGACUUUCGAAGGGGAGCUGGGGUUCUGGACAUCCUGUACGAGAGUCCCUCGGUCAUGCUGACUUGUGGGUACGAUGCCUACAUCAGGCAGUGGGAUGUGCGAGCCAGCACCAGGCGCUGUGUGAUGGAAUGGGAAGAGCCACACGACAGUGCACUCUACUGCUUGCAGACCGAUGGAAACUUCAUGAUCGCCAGUGGCUCCUCACACUAUGGCGUCGUCCGUCUCUGGGACAAGAGGCAGUCAAAGAGUCUCCAGAUGUUCUUCCUGUCCUCCCCCAGCAGCAGCCCCGUGUACUGCCUCCGAUUUACUACCUCGCACCUCUAUGCUGCCUUAGCCCAUGCACUUUAUACACUGGAUUUUACAUCCUCGGACUCGUGGCUUGCAAAAUAAACCGCAUUUGGC